AGAAACUCCCACGAACGUUGAAUGUCUCAAGUUUGUACGCUGCAGCAAGAACGGAUGCUGAGCCACAACCGACCCGUUUAAGGACAGUCAGCAUUAGUCCAUGGUGGUCUCGUGCUUAGGGUCCAUGUCCCGAUCAGGCUGGGUAAAUUCUUGAGCCUGUUUGGUCAAGGGCUAUUCGACAUUGACAAUGCAGCUUUGUUGCUCUUUUAAUGCAGCACGAUCUGGGAGUAAAGGAUCAUGGGUAAUACAUCUCCUUUCACAUUUCUCUAUUCGGGAGGUGAACGAUCGUCCUUCAGCAAAUCUUCCUGAAUUUGGACCAAAUUUGAAUCCUCGACAUCGGACACACCUCAUCAGUACUUUAGUGGACUAAAACCUCAUCCGUGUUGUCUUCGUGUCCGGUUGGAGUCGUAUCGUCCACGUUGAAACUUCUAGGCGUGUCUUUUCUUAGCUUAGCUUAGCUUAUCUUGCUAACAAAGAGAGAGACGUUUGUGAUCAACACUUCGCUGAGCAGAGCUCAAGAUUGAGGAAGAGUACGAGGAGGAAUUUAGGGGCCCAACAAGAGAAGGAGCCACAAGGUCAACUAUUGUACGUUUUGUUCAAUUUGCAGCCUCGAAUUGUGCUACGAAGCAGUGCGUUGAAAGUGUUGUGAAAAUGUGUGCAAGAAGUCCUGGAGUGUACGAGGAAGAAGUUUGUGGACCAAAAAAGGAGGAGGAGCCACAACGUCAACUUCUGGAUGCAGUGUUCAAUCUGCAGCCUCUGAUUGUCCUACGCAGAGCAGACGUCAGUGAAAAUCUUCAUCCGGACCGACAGCAGUCAGUAUGCCGUCAUAUAAAAGAGGAAGAGGAAGGUGAAGAGAUUCAACGCAUCAAAGAGGAGGAAGAGUUUCUACACUUGAAAGAGGAAAAGCAGGAGGAAAUCAUCCAGGUUCCAUCCACUGGUGUCCAUUUGAAGAGUGAAGGUGAAGGUCAAAGUGUGGAGAGACAAGGGGCAGAGCCUCCAAGCACGAAUCGCUCAAGUGAUGGAGAGUACCACAGUGGAGGAUUACAAAAAGAUGGUCAUGAUGAUGAUAAUGAUGAACAAUUGGAAGGUGAUGUGACAUUUCACACUGCCAACAAUUGCUGGAAAUGUUCUCAGUGUAGGAAAGCUUUUGCUUCUAUGAGGAGUUUCAAACAACACAUGAAAAUACACAUAGGAGAGAACAAGUUUGCAUGCUUGGUUUGUGGUCAAACAUUCAUUCAGAAGGAACACUUAAAAAUACACAAAAUAACUCACACUGGUGAGAAGUGUUUUGCAUGCUCAGUUUGUGGUCAAAGAUUCACUGUGAAGGGAAACCUAAAAAGACACACAAGAACACACACUGGUGAGAAGCCUUUUUCCUGCUCAGUUUGUGGUCAAAGUUUCACUCGGAAGGAACAAAUAAAAAUACACACAAGAACCCACACUGGUGAGAAACCUUUUUCCUGCACAAUUUGUAGCCAAAGAUUCUCUGACAAGAGAAGCUUAAAAAUACACACAAGAACACACACUGGUAAUAAACCUUUUUCCUGCUUAGUUUGUGGUCAAAGAUUCUCUGUGAAUGAAAGUUUAAAAAGACACACAAGAACACACACUGGUGAGAAACCUUUUUCAUGUCCACUUUGUGAUAAAAGAUUCACUGAGAAUGGAACAUUAAAAAGACACACAAGAACACACACUGGUGAGAAACCAUUUUCAUGUCCAGUUUGUGAUAAAAGAUUCACUGAGAAGGGAAAAUUAAAAAUACACACGAGAACACACACUGGUGAGAAACCUUUUUCAUGUCUGUUUUGUGAUAAAAGAUUCACUGAGAAUGGAAAAUUAAAAAUACACACGAGAACACACACUGGUGAGAAACCUUUUUCCUCCUUAGAAUCUGGCCAAAAAUUCUCUGUGAUGAAAGUUUAAAAAAACAAACAAGAACACACACUAGUAAGAAACUUUUGCCUGCUCACUUUGAUCAAAAAUUGUCUUCUAAGUACAGUAACCUCUCAUUUUUCUCAGUUAAUGGGGACCAGAACCCUAACCCUAAUACACACAGGUGAGAAGCCUUUUGGAUGCUAAGCUUCUGGUCAAAGAUUCACUCAGAAGAGAACCUUAAAAAUACAUACCAGAACAUAUACUGGUGAGAAACUUUUUUCAAGUCCAGUUUGUGAUAAAAGUUCCACUGAGAAUGGAAUAUUAAAAAUACACGAAUCCACACUGGAGAGAAACCUUUUUCCUGCUCAGUUUGUGGUCAAAGAAUCCCUAACAAGAGAAACUUAAAAACACACAACAACACACACACUGGUGAGAAACGUUUUUCUGCAUUUUGUGUUCAAAGAUAUACUCACACAGAUUGGUGAAAAACCUUUUGCCUGCUUUGCUUGCAGUCAAAGAUUCUUACAGACGGCUUACUUAAAAAUACACACAAGAAUGGACAAUGGAAAGAAGGCUUUUGCCUGCUGAACUUGUGGUAAAAGAUUCUCUGAAAAAGGAACUUUAAAAAAACACACACACACAAAGGACACUCACUGGCUAGAAGCAUUUUUCCUGCGCAGUUUGUGGUCAAAGAUUUUUGGGCCUUUUUUGGCAAACUUUUUGGCUCGGGGGCCACUUUGACUUAUAAAUUUGACAGACGGACUGGGUCAGCACAAGAUACAAUUCAAGUUGAAAAAAAGGUAUUUUUUUAACAGUACAUAUCAAACAUACCCACAAAAAAGUCAUUGAAGUAUUAAAAUAUCUUUUGAAGAGAACACUGUUGCUGAUUACACAUUUCAGCCUAUUCAUCAAAGUCUGGUGGUAAUUCUGUUGUAGUUGAAUAUUCAGCUCAUUCAUGUGUGUCUGUACGUCCAUGGUAAAGGCUAAAUCACAAAACCAAUCUGUGUCAUUCAGCACAGAAAAAUUGUCAGUUUUCUCCAAAAAUGAAAUAAUCUUAUAUUUGAGCUCCCACACACUUAGACAUACUUUUCCUAAACUUAACCAGUGGACAUUAGAAUGGUAAAGUAAGUCCAUGUGGUCAGGGUCAGUUUCUUCAAGAAAAUCAAUAAACUGACAAUGGUAAAGUCCACUCACUCGAAUAAAGUUAAGUUUCACAACUGGCUUAACUACGUGGUCAAGCUGCAACACGGAUUCACACAGUGCUUCUUGGUGAAUUAUGCAGUGGAGAAAAAUCACCUCCUCCUCAGGGUUUUCCUCUUUCGCCCUGUCCUGAAUUCUCUUGAGCAUCCCAAUGUUUUUUCCGGUCAGAUUUGGUGAUCCAUCAGCGGUAACGUUGGCAAGCAUACUCUAGUUAACUUGUGCUUCUGUAUGACCACUGCCACGCUGUGAAAAAAAUCCUCUCCUUGUAUUUUUCCUUUCAGGGAUUCCAUAUCCCAAAACUUCGUUAUCUCGAAAUUCUCAUUAAUCCCUCUGAUAAAAAUUAAAAGCUGAGCGGUUUCCUUGAUAUUGUUUCUUUCGUCCAGUCUCAAAGAAUACAAUGUACAGUGAGGAAAACAAGUAUUUGAACACCCUGCUAUAUUGGAAGUUCUCCCACUUAGAAAUCAUGGAGGGGUCUGAAAUUUUCAUCCUAGGUGCAUGUCCACUAUGUUAGAGAUAAUUGAAAAAAAAAAUCCAGAAAUCGCAAUGUAUGAUUUUUUUUAGCGAUUUGUGUGAUACAGCUGCAAAUAAGUAUUUGAACACCUGUCUAUCAGCUAGAUCUCUGACCCUCAAAGACCUAUUAGUCCGCUUUUAAAAGUCCACCUCCAGCCCAUGUAUUAUCCUGAAUCAGAUCCACCUGUGUGAGGUCGUUAGUUGCAUAAAGACACCUGUCCACCCCAUACAAUCAGUAAGAAUCAAACUUGUAAAAUGGCCAAGACCAACGAGCUGUCCUAAGACACCAGAGACAAAAUUGUACAACUCCACACAGCUGCAAAGGGCUACAGAGAAAUUGCCAAGUAGCUUGGUGAAAAAAGGUCCACUGUUGGCGCAAUCAUUCAAAAAUGGAAGAAGCUAAACAUGACGGUCAAUCUCAAUUGGAGUGGAGCCCCAUGGAAGAUAUCACCUCGUGGGGUCUCAAUGAUCUUUAGAAAGGUGAGGAAUCAGCCCAGGACUAAACGAUAAGACUUGGUCAAUGACCUGAAAAGAUCUGGGACCACUGUUUGCAAGGUGACUGUUGGUAAUACAAUAAGGCGUCAUGGUUUAGAAUUCAUGCAUGGCAGGGAAGGUUCCCCUGCUUAAACCAGCACAUGUCAAGGCCCAUCUGAAGUUUGCUAAUAACCAUUUGGAUGAUACAGAGGAUUCAUGGGAGAAAGUUUUGUGGUCAGAUGAGACCAAAAUGGAACUUUUUGGUCAUAACUCCACUAACCGUGUUUGGAGGAAGACGAAUGAUGAGUUCCAUCCCAAGAACACCAUCCCUACUGUGAAGCAGCAUCAUGCUUUGGAGGUGUUUUUCUGCACAUGAGACAGUACGGCUGCACUGUAUUAAGGAGAGGAUGACCGCGGCCAUGUAUUGUGAGAUUUUGGGGAGCAACCUCUUUCCCUCACUCAGAGCAUUGAAGAUGGGUCUUGGCUGGGUUUUUCAACAUGACAAUGACCCGAAGAACACAGCCAGGAAAACCAAGGAGUGGGUCUGUAAGAAGCAUAUCAAGGUUCAGGCGUAGCCUUACCAGUCUCCAAACCUAAACCAAACAGAAAAUAUUUGGAGGGAACUGAAACUCUUGUGUUUCUCAGCAACAGCCCAGAAACCUGUCUGAUCUAGAGAAGAUAUGUGUGGAGGAGUGGGCCAACAUCCCUCCUGCAGUGUGUGCAAACCUGGUGAACAACGACAGGAAAUGUUGGACCUCUGUAAUUGGAAACAAAGGCUACUGUACCAAAUAUUAACAUUGGUUUUCUCAGAUGUUCAAAUACUUUUUUUACAGCUGUAUCGCACAAAUACAUUGUUAAAAAAAUCAUGCAUCAUAAUUUCUGGAUUUUUGUUUUUAGAUUGUCUCUAUCACAGUGGACAUGCACCUAUGAUGAAAAUUUCAGACUCCUCCAUGAUUCCUAAGUGGGAGAACUGGCAAUAUACAUAUAAAUUACUAAUACCAAUAAUGAUUGGACCAGCAGGCUGUGACUGAGUAUCCUAACACAGCAGGCACAAGGCAGAAAAAAAUAGUAGGCUCGCUGAUCAAGAAUUUAACAAUUAACAUUUACACUGGAGAAAACCAUUUUUCCUGCUUAGUACGUUGUCAAAGAUUCUCUUCAAACUAUCAGGCUCGCACACACAAGUGUGCCGGUAGGAAAAUCCAUGAUCAAGAGCCCUUAAAAGUCAAUGUUUAAAAUGAAAGUAAUUACUCUAAUAAUAUUCUUGUAUUCUGUGUACAAGCUUUUAUUGCAUCUUCAAUCCAUAACAACGGUCUUUUGUACCCAAAUGGCGGCUGAUUUCAUUUGACCUUAUCUGAUCCGUAAAAGCUAAAAUAUUGGGCUAACAAUUCAAAAUAUAUGUAUCCAUCCAUCCCUCCAUUUUCUAGGCCGCUUAGUCUCACAAGAGUUACGAGAGGUCUGGAGCCUAUCACAGAUAUGUUCGAGCAGGUGGCAGGGUACACCCGCAACUGGUUGCCAGCGAAUCGCAGGGCACAUGGAGACAGGCAGCAAUCACACUCAGAAUCUUACCUUGGGGCAAUUUGGAGUCUCAAAUCAAUGCAUGUUUUUGGUAUGUAGGAGGAAACCCACGCAACCACAGGGAGAACAUGCAAAUUCCACACAGGCGGGGCUGGGAUUUUAAUCCCGGUCCUAAGAACAAACAGUAUUAAAUUGCCUUGAGUCGAAAUGUCUGCAUAUAUUUUUGGGGACAUGAAGCCACAUUUCUUUGGUGAGGUUUCUAAUGAAAGUGAUACUUGUUGCCCUGUUGUCAUUUUUAUGACAUCCUUAAUAUUUCACAAUCCAUAAUUUCUUUUGUUCCACCCGAUUUCUAUCAUGUAUAAAAGGAAUGUGAAUGUAUAAAAAAAUACUGAUUACGAUUUACUUCAUUUUACAGCACAUUCCUUUUCCCUCUACAGCUGUGCUACUGAUUUUAAUGUUGGAUUUUGUUGAUGAAAAACGAGUGUACAAAAGGGAAUUCUUUAUUUACCAAUUGCUCCAAAAUGUAUUAUUUUCUUGUGCAUCCAUGCAUUUUGUCCCAUGUCUUAGUGGUGUCAAUAUCAAAUAUGUGAAUAAUUAAUUGAAAUAGACUGGAAAGAAACUUUGACUUUUGGUGAUAAAGUGUAUGUGAUCCUUCAUAAAAUACACUUCAACCGGUGA